AUGGCGGCGGGUGAGCGCCGGGCCGCGGCCGCCGCGCUCCCGCCCCGGCGCCGCCCAUCGCCGGGGCCGGGCCGGAGUCGCGGCCCCGUGUUGACACACGCGCCGGCCCUGCCCCCGGCGCCUCCCCGAGGUCGCCCGGUGGAGGUCGCCCGGGCGGCGGAGGCCGCGGCGCGGCGGCGCUUCCCGGCGAGGGAGCGGAUAGCCCCGGCCCUCUGCCCCGAGGGGCCGGCGGGGUCGCCCCGCGCCUCGGCAGGCCCCGUCCCUCCGGAAAGUUUUCCCAGACCUGUUCGCUGCCGACCCCGGCGGGAGGCGCGGGCCGAGGCGGCGGGGGCGGCCGUGCCCCCUUGGCCAGCGCCGGGCUGGCCCGCCCGCUGCGCCGCGCCCCGCCCGCGGCCGUGCCGGAGCUGCGGCUGCCCCGGGGACACGCGUGUGGGGCCGGGGCUGGCCCGGCGCUGCGGCUGCCCCGGGGACACGCGUACCCGCGCCCACCGGCAGCCGGACGAGGAAUUUAAAACUUGUUUCAGGUCUGGCUGUGGCUUCUAA